UGUUAACAGAGUUGGACGUAUUUCAUUUUAUCUCCGAAGCUAUAGAUCAGAACAUAAAAGGUGUCGACGAGUUGGAAAACGUGCUUGCAGUAGGAGAAUAGUGGAUUUAAGAUUUUUUGUUCCCUACAUAAGCAGUGGUAGCGUGCAGAAAAUUAAGGAAAAGUUUUCCUUGUGCGGUCAGUGAGCUGUAGGGAUUGAAGCAGCUGAUCGGUGGGCUUCAGUAGGUCGGCUCUAGAGGCACGUUCUCCUCCAUUUGGGAAAUUUGUGCCAUGAUCGGUGGGCUUAGUGGAGCAUCAAAAGCGCAUUUACGAAUUGUGAAGAUUUCGGAAGCAAGUGGGGUGUGACAAGGCACGGCGCAGCGUCGUGCUGCCUAGCCAUCGUGUGCGAGAGAUAGUGUUCUGUCCCAGACGAAAAAACUGUUGAAAAAGUUGAGUGUAGCAAGGUCCAAACCUUGUGUGCAUGGAAAAACGUGGAUUUAGUAAGAACAGAUUAUCUCGGAGCCAUUUUGAUAUCUACCGGCCCGGCGUUGAAAGUGGUAUAUCGGUGAUCGCCAUUUUGUUAGGCAUUGUUAUAGGAAGAAAAGAACUGCAAUAGAGGUCAAUAAGUGAGCGGUGUAUCUCGAUUGAGUCCGUGAGUGACUCGGCUUGUGUCGGUGCGUUUGCGGUACAGCGGUAUAGCGGUAUAGCGGCAGUAGUACGAGCAGUGGGCAGAGAAAGGAAGAAGACUGUGAGUGAUCAGUGCUUUUUGGCGAUUUGGUGAGCGAUAGAAUUGUGAGACGACUCCGAGGGCUGCGCAUUAGACGAAAUCGACGGUGAGACGGGCGUUCAAGCGUGAGCAGAGAGCGGCAGCUUUUGUUUCCCGUCGGUUGGUUAAGUAAAGACAGCGAGGUCACGUAAGUCAUUUCUAUUUUUUUUCCUUUUGUCAUUUUUAGACGAUUUAUCAUUUGUUUACGGCAAACAUGGCGGCACUGAUCGGUACGGUCGAUCAUUUUGUAAAAGGGUCGAGUUUCGCUAAGUACAUGGAAAGAAUGAAAAUUCUGUACCAACUGAACAACAUUCCAGAGGCCACAAAGAAAAAUCUUUUCAUUACCCUUAGUGGUCCCACGAUAUUUGACGAAAUUUGCUUAAUCUACCCAGGGGUUGAUAUCAUGACAAUUGAUUAUGAUGAAAUGAUUAAUAAAUUAAAAGAGCGUUUAGACAAGACUACUCCUAACAUGAUGAAUAGACACAAGUUUCAUUCGCGGAUACAGGGCAUAGAAGAACCGGCUGAAAAUUACGUUCUAGCGUUGAAACUAUUAGCAAGUGAGUGUGGGUUUGGAGCUCAUAAGGAUGAAGCUAUAAAAGACAAAAUAAUUUUUGGUUUGCGUGAUCAGGAGUUAAAGCAAAAGCUUUUGAUGAGGGAUGGCAUGUCUUUGGAAGAAGUUGAGGAAUUAGUGGUACGCAGUGAGCUUGCUAAGCUUCGAGCAAAGGAAUUGAGUUGUACAGAAGAAGGUCCUAGAAGUGUGAAUUCGGUUAAAUACAAAUUAGGAGACGUAGAGCAGCAGCGUAGCGAAAUAGGGCGAUCCACGAGGCAGUUUUCACGUGACUACGGACGCAGGCAGCGCAGUCGUAGUAGAAGCAUGGAGAGGGGACGUGGUGCUUUGCGGUCCGGUUUUAAUCGGUACAAUCAUAGAAAUGGAUAUGUUAACGAACAAAGAGAUAAUUUUAGAGUAUUGCGUGACUAUCGGGAGGACAACGUCCAUUCUAGCGUAAUUUGUAAUUUUUGUAAAAAACGUGGCCAUGUGAAACGUAACUGCUUCAAAUUUAUGAACCAAAGAUCGGUGAAUUUCGUAGAAAAGGAAAAGGAGGAAGUGGAGUACUAUGAUUUUAAGCGGCUAAAGCUUCAAGAAUCGGAAGAUGAAGAAUCGGAUUAUCCGUGCAUGAUGAUUUCAGCAGAAGAACACUUCAGUGAGCCAUGCGUAGUAAGAGUUUCGGUUAACGGUGUGCAGCUCAAAAUGGAAAUAGAUUGUGGUGCGGCGGUGACGGUUAUUAGUAGAGAUCAUUAUAGAAAACACUUUAGUCAGGUGCCAGUAAAAAAAUGCAAUAGUCGUUUGGUAGUAGUCAAUGGUCAACGUUUAGGUAUUUUCGGAAAAAUUGAGGCUGAUGUUGUGGUGGAUAAUAACCAGAAACGGGCUAAUUUAAUCAUACUCGAUGGGCCGGGGAAAUUCGUACCGCUGUUCGGCCGUGACUGGAUGGAUUUGUUUUACCCUCAAUGGAGAAAAGCUUUUGUAAAUGUAGCGAAUAUAAACUCAAUGGAUUCAUGCCGACAGGAAACGAAGGGUUAUGAAGCGGACCUUGCCCUAAAGGAAGAUAGACCCAUAUUCCGUAAAGCUUACGAUGUACCAUUCAAGCUGAGAGAAAAAGUAACGCAACAUUUGGACUCCUUGGAGAAGCAAAAUGUAAUUUCUCCUAUCCAGGUCAGUGAAUGGGCUUCUCCGGUCGUGAUAGUUUUAAAAAAGGAUAAUGAUAUUCGAAUGGUACUGGACUGCAAAGCGUCUAUAAAUAAAUGCAUUAUACCCACAACAUACCCUUUACCAUUGGCGCAGGACAUUUUUGCUUCCCUAUCAGGCUGCAAAUGGUUUUGUUGUCUCGACCUGGCGGGGGCGUACACGCAAUUAAAGUUAUCAGAGAGGUCAAAAAAAUUUGUUGUCAUUAACACAAUCAAGGGUCUUUACGUUUACAACCGCCUGCCACAGGGAGCCUCUUCGAGUGCGUCCAUAUUUCAGAGAGUAAUGGACAGUAUUUUGAUUGGACUGGAAUAUGUUUGUUGUUAUCUUGAUGAUGUCUUGAUUGCUGGUAGGACAUUGAAGGAAUGUAAGAAUAAUUUAUACCUAGUUCUUCAAAGGCUUCAGGACGCAAAUGUGAAAGUAAACCUAAAAAAAUGCAAACUUUUCGUACAAUCACUUCCAUAUUUGGGUCAUUUAAUAACAGAUGAAGGAAUAUUGCCAUCUCCUGAAAAGCUGCUAACAGUGCAAGAAGCCAAAGUUCCUAAGGAUGUCUCGGAACUAAAGGCAUUUUUAGGCCUAAUUAAUUAUUAUGGUAGAUUUGUGCCUCAAUUAUCGGUCAAAUUGAGCU